AGACGGUCUGCGCAGGCGCAGUGUCCCCGGGCCAAGAUGGCUGCGCGGUGUUCCCCACGCUGGUUGAGGGUGGCGGUGGGGACCCCCCGGCUGCCGGCUGCAGCGGGGAGAGGGGCCCAGCAGCCCCAGGGGGGAGUAGUGGCAGCACCCCUGUGUCGCAAGCUGAGCGUCUCUGCCUUCGGGCUUUCCAUGGGCGCUCACGGCCCCCGGGCGCUGCUGACAUUGAGACCCGGUGUCCGACUUACAGGAACAAAAAGUUUCCCUUUUGUUUGUACUGCCUCCUUCCACACAAGCGCUUCUUUGGCCAAAGAUGAUUAUUACCAGAUACUAGGAGUGCCUCGAAAUGCCAGCCAGAAAGAGAUCAAAAAAGCCUAUUAUCAGCUCGCCAAGAAAUACCACCCAGACACGAAUAAGGAUGAUCCUAAAGCCAAGGAAAAGUUUUCCGAGCUGGCAGAGGCGUAUGAGGUGUUGAGUGAUGAAGUAAAGCGAAAGCAAUAUGAUGCAUACGGCUCUGCAGGCUUUGACCCUGGGGCCAGCAGCUCUGGGCAGAGCUACUGGAAAGGAGGUCCCUCUGUUGACCCUGAGGAACUGUUCAGGAAGAUCUUUGGGGAGUUCUCAUCAUCUCCUUUUGGUGAUUUCCAGACUGUAUUCGAUCAGCCUCAGGAAUACAUCAUGGAAUUGACGUUCAAUCAAGCUGCCAAGGGUGUCAACAAAGAGUUCACCGUGAACAUCAUGGACACCUGUGAGCGCUGUGACGGCAAGGGGAACGAGCCUGGAACCAAAGUGCAGCACUGCCACUACUGCGGCGGCUCAGGCAUGGAAACUAUCAACACAGGGCCUUUUGUGAUGCGUUCUACAUGUCGGAGAUGUGGUGGCCGGGGCUCCAUCAUCACAAAUCCUUGUGUGGUCUGCAGAGGAGCAGGACAAGCCAAGCAGAAGAAGAGAGUGACAAUCCCUGUGCCCGCAGGAGUUGAAGAUGGUCAGACUGUAAGGAUGCCUGUGGGAAAACGAGAAAUUUUUGUCAUGUUCAGGGUGCAGAAAAGUCCUGUGUUCAGGAGGGACGGUGCAGACAUCCACUCCGACCUCUUUAUUUCAAUAGCUCAAGCUAUCCUUGGGGGUACAGCCAAAGCCCAGGGCCUGUAUGAGACAAUCAAUGUGACGAUCCCUGCUGGGAUUCAGACAGACCAGAAGAUUCGCUUGACUGGGAAAGGCAUUCCCCGGAUUAAUAGCUAUGGCUAUGGUGACCACUACAUUCACAUCAAGAUCAGAGUUCCAAAGAGGCUAACCAGUAGGCAGCAGAACCUGAUCCUGAGCUAUGCUGAAGAUGAAACUGACGUGGAGGGGACUGUGAAUGGUGUCACCCACACAAGCACUGGUGGCAGGACCAUGGAUAGCUCCGCAGGAAGCAAGGAUAGGCGAGAGGCUGGGGAGGACAAUGAGGGAUUCCUUUCCAAACUUAAGAAAAUGUUUACUUCCUGAUACCCUUGCUGAGGAAAACGGUCAGCUGGAAACUAGAUCAGGAGCAGCAGCCCCUCUGGAGUCUGGGGCAUUAGACACAGGAGGAUCCCAAACAGCAGCACUGAGUCCCCGCCUACAGAGCCCCCUGAACUGCCUCGUAACAGCACAGCUAUGUGACCACACCUCUCUGCAUAGA